GGACGUGCAUCCCUCACACACACACACCUCGACCCUCAUCUAUCGAUGGAGUCCUUGUGGUGCACUACUCUUUGUUUCAUGUCGCUUGCAUGCAUUGGAAUCGGCAUCGCCGGAGCCCAAGCACCGGCUGCUGCACCAUCUCAACAACCACCACCCACCGCUGCUACAGCUCCGGUCACGUCGCCACCUACGUCCAGCCAAACAAGCCCGCAAGUACCUCCGGCUUCUUCACCCAGCCCACCGGUGCUGCCACCACCACCAGCCACACCUCCACCGCUAACGCCUCCCCCGGCAUUGGCACCUUUACCACCAGCGCCUACUUCACCGCCGCCAACAUCGCCAUCACCGGCUGUGCCUCCACCGACUCUGCCACCCGUUACACCGCCAUCGCCGCAAGUGCCAACCCCGGCUCCAGCUGCGCUCGUGCCAGUAUCGGCACCGCCCGAGCUCAGCCCUGCACCUGCUCCUGCAAAGAGUAAGAAGAAGCACCGGAGGAGGAGGAGGCAUAAGAAGAAGCAUGCACAAGCACCCGCUCCUACAUUGCACAGCCCGCCGGCACCGGCUGUACCAACACCCCCAGAGGAGAACGUUCCCAGCCCGGCGCCACAACCGGAUGACUUGAAUAGGAGCAGUGUCAUAUCUGAGGUGGGAUGGUGGGCGAGAACCGUACUCGCGAUUCUGGUGCUGUCAUGGAGUUACUACUGAGGCUUGCGAUUCGACAUACGACGUGACUCUUUUUGGGUAUAUUAUUAUUAUUAUUUUUUGUUGUUGGAAGAGUUAUUUCCAUCAUUUUUAUGCAAACGAUGUUUAUUCAUUAUAAAGGUGUGUUGGAUUUGUAAUGCGAAAAGAAAUGGGUGGCUAUUCUCUGACGACGUGACUUGGGACAUUACAACAACAUGAGUGGGCACGAAAUCGGAGAGAUCACAACAACUUAAUUAGAAUUAUUUUGGCCGAACAAAUUAUGUUUAAAGCAGAAUUUGAUUUAUGAGUUACAAACACGAUCGCGUGUGACUUUGAGAUGAA